CUUCAUACUCAAUUCAUUUUCUUCUUCUGCUUCACCUUCUCUUCUCUUCUCUCAUAGGGUUAGGGUUUUUUUCUCUUCGUUGCUCUCUCUGUCGUUUUAUUUCCAUGGCUCAGCAAGAUGCUCAGAAUGGUGGGUCGGAGAAUGCCGCUGCUGCGGUGUCGUUUGUCGCUUUGAAGCCGCAGCUCCUCAUCGAAGCUCCCAAAGCGAACGACGCCGUUCUGUUCUACAAGGCCGCGUUUGCCGCUGAGGAGGUUGGCCGUACGCUCAACCCUAAGCGUAAAGCGGAGCACGAGCUUCCUCUCAUACUCUCCGCAGAGCUCAAAAUCGCUGGCUCUACCAUUCUCGUUGCUGACCUCGUUGAUGACUCUGCUUCAACAGCGAAGGCCGGAGGAAACCGUGUCGUUUUGUGCUUGGAGACGGAGGACGUUGAAGGGGCGAUAGAGAAAGCGGUGAGCGCUGGUGCAGUUGCGGAUGGUGAAGUGGCGGAAGGUGAAGACGCGUGCUGCGGUGGGCGCGUGGGGAAGGUUAAGGAUCCGUACGGCUUUGUUUGGCUCUUCUGCGCUCCUGGAAAAAAGUGUGCUGAUGUGGAGGCUUAAUGGCUGUUGAUGUUGUUCUGACUGACUGUUGCCGUUUUCCAUUUUUUGUUUAAGCUGCAGUAAUUAGGGAAAAGGACCCACAUGUCCAUUUAAGAUAGGCCUCUUUGUCUGUUGAUUUUUAGUAUUAAUCUAAUCUAAUUGUUAUGGGUGUUAGUCUAAUCCAAUGGUUACGGGGUCUUUCUGUUUUUAAUAUUUUGAAACGGGGUUUUUGUUUGUCAUUGACUCACUAUUAAUGAUAAUAUUAGUUGUUGACACAUUAAAAAGAA